CUUUUUAUGAUCUUCAGAAACGAUUCAAGUUACAAAUAGUAUUUAUUGUCAAAACGUGAAAAUUUGUAUAAGAGAAUUGUGACUACGCGAAUUUUAUAAUUCCAGACGAAUUAUAGCGCAAUUAAAUACGCUAAAAAUUGGCAAAUAGCAAAGCAAUUAAUAAAUUCGGAAAAACAUAAAUUUUUUAGUAACGUAAUUUCAAUUACGUAAAUUAGUUAGUAGUAAAGUAAUAUCCAAACAAAUAAGAAUGGUUGGAAUCAAAAGUUUGCGGGAAAAGCACGCAGCUCGGCAGCCAGCAAAUCUUAUAAUGGCACCGAAGCCAGUACAUCCGCGCGCCGUCCGAACACACGGCUUCUUCGGUGUCUCAUUUGUGCGUCAACAUAUGGUCAUUGAUGAUCGCUGGACACCCACCUCCUUGACGGAGCAAUUCAAUUGCAUGGCUGACUUAUUAUCAAAGCGUUUGGUUUUCAAAAAGCUAGAAGCGGCAGCUAAUCACAAGCGUUACAUACGCGAAAACCGCAAUUUGAAACGUCAAUGCCGCGACGGACGUACAAAGCUCUCCAAUGUGCUCUACGGCGAUAAUACCAAGAAGAUACGAAAUUUUCUCAUCAACCACAAGGAUAUGCAGCGCUUGUAUCAGAAGAUGCCCGUUGAAUUGGUUGUGGACAAUAUCAAUCAGCGCACAUUUGUAAUGCGUAAGGAGCGGGAUCGCUUAAAGUUUCGACUGGAUCAGUUGAAGAAUGUAUACAAGGAAAAAUUGCUCGAGCGCGCUGUUUUGCAAAAUCGCAUCAAGUACGAGAACGAGUUCGUAUUGGAGGAGGAGUUGAAGUCACGCGUUUUUCGCAAGAAAAUUGAGAACUCCAACGUACGCUUAAAGGCGAUAAAAACUAUUAAUGGCACUUACAGGAAGAUGAUCCAGGUGCUGCGACACGAUGGCAUUUUUUAUGAGCCAAUUUUGCGUUCGCUCAGCCAAGACAUUGAGGAUCAAUCAAAUUUUAUUAAACACAUCUUGUAUUUGGGCAUGCCGGCGAUUGCGAAGUUCAAGGAACUUAGUGAGGAGUAUAGGCAAAUGGAAGAUAAAUCGCGUAAAAGUAUGCAAACUAAACUGCAAAUGAUGUCUCAAUACCGCAA